UGGACGAGAAGGGCGGAGAUUUUCAGAAUUGAGAAGGACAGACCUGUCCUCCAGGAUCUUUCAGGUCCUCAAUUGAUGGAGGCCUGGAAAUAUUGGACACGAAAAGAGGAGAUAAAACGCGCCGCCUUGACGAUUCUCGUCGACGAUGCUGAAAUCGCAACGCUGUACCAUCAUGGGCCUUUUCUCCGUCACGGAGGAAUCUGUAUUCCUCCACCCUGCCGCUCGGAUGCCUCCCUCGCCACCAGCGUCCAUGGAUGGGCACGUCUCGUUCAAAAUGAUCCUUUGAGAAGCUCAAAUACCAGAUAUUGUAGUCACUCUGGUUCUGUUCCCCCCACUGUUGAGAAGAGAUCUCUCGGCUACAAGUUGCGGUUGAACUGUCUUUACGGCUUACACCAUCCAUCAAGGGAUAAGGCUUCCAUCUGCGAAGACAAGAUUGGAAAUCGAGAUGACCACAUAUCGCGAGCAGAGCACUAUGCCCACCUAUUGCAUGGUGCGAGACCUAUGGUGAGGCAGGUAAAUUAUAGUCUGGCAUACAGCUACUUUCUUGUCUUAUGGCAGUGGACGAACAUAUCCGACAAUGCCGACCUCCAUCACCUGGGGCUUGCGGUCGGAAAGCAGGGACCGGCAGAAGCUUUAGUGCAUAGUGCACGUUUCCUAUGUGAACGAGUGGACAAGCUCAGUCGAGGCCAGGCGAUGUGUGACCCACGCCUUCUUGCUUCAAAAGACCUUGGAUGGGCUCCACUUGAGACGAGUUGUUGCGAUGCACGUUCCGAGGUCUCUGUUCUCUGCGGUUAUUGUAUGGUCAAGGUAUCUAAAUUCAUUGUUAGGGCUCACAUCCUGCCCCAUGCCCGAAGCUGCCAUGGAUUUCUCAGAACUGACCUUGCGUGGUAUUGAUUUCACUCACCAAUCGAAAAGCAGGAUUGGACUUGGAACGGAUAUGCUCAAACAUAUAGCUUACUGGGAUAUUUCGCGCAAGUUCAGCGGUAUUCUUGCACCAUGGAUUCAUGGAGGAACGGAC